GACAAAAAAGGAACACACCAGCAGUGUGAGGAGACCUGAAAGUGGCACAUGGCAGAGUGUGGCGAUGGAGACAGCAGCAAUGGGAGGCCGUACAGUGACCCAUGAGAGACUCUGGACCUGGGCAGCAGCAUGAGGAGGCGCGUUAUAGGGGCCCAAUGGCAGAUUAGGGGCCUGGCAGCAGCUAUGGAGGCCCGUAAUCUGCCAGCACCCUAUGACAAAAAAUGGAACACACCAGGAGCAGCCAGUGUGAGGAGACCUGAAAGUGGCACAUGGCAGAAGUGUGGCGAUGGAGACACGCAGCAAUGGGAGGCCGUACAGGGACCCAUGAAGACACUCUGGACCUGGCAGCAGCAUGAG